AUGAACUGGGAGCGUAGUUGCUUAUUUCUCGUAAGCAUCGCUACUUUAUGCUUAUGUGCCGAACGAGUGCCUGAUUUUGAAGUGUCGAAUAGCGAAUUAACGAGUCUGGUGAAUCAGCUUCGUGACGAAGACUUCAAUAAAGCGGGACGGAAACAAGUUGUUGUAGAUUAUCAGGGUUAUAUUUCAACCACAAGUUUAGGCGAUAAUGCUAAAAAUAAAUUUUUCAAAUACGUAGAUCCUCAACUUCUAGAAAAACCAACUUUCCAGAAACUAAUAGCACUAAAUGAUAACUUUGAGCGAGAAACUGGAACCUCUGAAGAAGAUACUCUUCAGGAAAAGGCAGAAGUAGAUGCGUUCUUAGAUACAAUUAUGUCUACAAAAGUAUGGGAAACACUGUAUAGCUUUUUGCAUCGGAAAGGCCACCCUUAUGCUACCAGUGAAAAAGUUUUCCGUCAGUGGAUUUUGCAGUUAUGGUUCUAUAAAUAUUCUCGGUAUAGGGGUGUUCCUGAUAGUUCAGGUUUUGAACAUGUUUUCAUUGGAGAGGUAAAAAAUAAUGAAGUAUCUGGACUGCACAACUGGGUUCGUUUUUACUUGUUGGAACAAGAUGGCAGUGAAAUGCUCGACUACAAAGGGUACCUGAUCAAGAGAUAUGUAUACUUUACUAACGUAAUGGCUGCGUUGAAAUACUCUUGGAAAAAGGAAAUAAAACGUACUGGAAGUUUUCUGAUUGGGACCAGUCCUGAGUUUGACAUGGCACUGUACACUCUGUGCUUCCUGUCACGUCGUGGACGUCACACGUGCCAAGUAGAAGUAGAUGGCUGUCCUCUGCAGAUUACCAGUCAUGAUUUAAUUCAAAGAGGUAAAGUUUACAUAGGAAGCGUUUUCCCAGCAGCUGGAAGAAUGACUGAAUUAUGUAGAAUAAACGGAAGGCGAUAG